AACGUCAGUUUCAUGUGUAGGGUGUUCUAGAGUCCCAGCUUUUGUUUUAUUUAUAUAUAUUUGAACAUUGUAAUUAUUGACCUGAAAUGUCUAAAUCAAAAGUGUUGUGUUGCGUUUCUGGAUGCAAUAGUAGUGCCAACAGGGACGUCGUCUCAUUCCAUCACUUUCCUAAGAAUAACAGUUUUAACAUAGAAAUAAUUAGUAAAAACGGUACUGUCGAGAAUGUGGAUGUAAGAAAAAUUUGGGAGAAAAAUUUGAGGUUCGGAAAGAAAAUAACAAAUGCCUCGCGAGUUUGUUCAAAGCAUUUUGACGAGUCUGAUUUUUAUACACAAAGUGAGGAUAUAAGACACGCAGAUUUGUGUUUGAGACCAAGAAAAACUACUGUGAGACGCCGAAAGCUAAAAAGAAAUGCUGUCCCAACAAAAAACCUUCCUACGAUUACUCAUGAGAACUCCAAAAAAGAAGGAAGACGUAAUAAUAGAAGUGUACAACCAAUUGUGAAAUCUGACUGUGAAGUAAUGACACAAAAUCAAGAUGAGAAUGAAGGCCAUGCUAAGGUAACGAUUCACACACCCAAUGAAUUGUUGGCUGCUGAAGCUCUAUGUGUUAUCCUCCCUAAAGCCUAAUGAGGAUGCAAUUAUGGUGAACAAAGAUUUUCCAAUUGAUGACAUUUGUUUCGAAAAUGGAGUACAACUGAUUCCUUCACUAUGUUUGAGAAACAGAAAACUUUCUUCAGAAAGUGGAUGUAUUUAUGGCCAGAGCAAGGGUCUAUAUUGAAAGUGUGAACCAGAGGAUGAAAAUUCACAAGAUUUUAAGAAAUGUUCUUUUGAGAUAAUGAAUAUAUGAAUGAAAAAAUGUCUACAAA